AUGGAUUAAGAAGAAUAUGGAGAAAUAGAAAAUGAAGACCUUAAUAAUGAUGACUUCAAUUAUGAGGAAGAUUUAAUGGGAGAAGAUGAAUAGCCUCAAUAACCAAAAAAUGAUAAGGUCAAAAAUCCAAUUUCAAAUUAAAGAAUUCACACUCCUUAUCCACCUGAAGAAGAGGAGGAGGGUGAAGUCUAUUAAUAUGAAGAUUAAAGUGAAUAAUUAGGAGAAGAUAAUGACAAUUAAGAAAAUGUAGAAUAAGAAGUAGAUGAGGAAGUACCUGAAGAUGAUGAAUAAUAUAAUGAGGAAGUAAAUGAAGAAGAACAAUAUGAUGAAGAAUAUGAUUAAAAUGAAUAUGAAGAGAAUUAUGAUGAAUUUGAACAGGAAGAAGAAGAUGAAAUACCUAAAAAUAACAAAUAGAACAAAGAAGUUAAAGAUAAUAAAAAUACUUAAUCCAAUUAAUAACCUCCUCUUAUGGAACCUCCUAAGAAAAAGAAAAGACCUCCUUUACCCAUUUAACCUAUUAAAUAGAAACCCACUUAUUAAGAGAAAUAUGCAGAACUAAUGGCUCAUUAAGAUUACUCAAAUUGGAAACCAAAACAGUUGCAUGAUGAAAAUAAGUUACUCAGAUAAAAACUUAAAGAAAUCUCUGAAGAAGUGUCUAAAUUAGUUGAAUAGAAUGCUUUACGUCUACCUCCACAACCAUAACCAUAACCAUAAAUUAAGAGAUAGAAAACAGCCUAAUCUUAACUCUCAGGUGUAUCUGUAAUUGAUAGGGAGAUAGAAAUCAAUCAAAAAAAAUUAGAAUAAUAAGAAGAGGAGAUUAGUAAAUUAUCAACUAGAUUAUAAUAAAUAUAAAAAGUGGACUACAUUAUGAAGUUGGAUGAGGAGAUUAAGAAAUUUGAAGAUGAAAUGAAAAGGUUAGAAUAAAGAAAAAAGUAAGAGUAUUUGUAAUAGAAACAACGAGGCAAAGAUCUUGAUAAAUAUGAGAAUUAAGAUGGUUUUGAUAAGUUGAAUAAAGAAAGGAAUAAUCUCAAUUAAGAGAUUGUAAAUAUUAGAAAGAAGGUGAAGGAAUAGUGGGAACAUUUCAAUAAGCAAAAAGAAACUAUUAAAAAUAUACUAGAAGUUGAACUUCCUAAAAUCAACUAAGAAUUAUAAGCAUUAGAGUAAGUAGCUGAAAAGUACAAAAUUGACAUAAGUGGAGAGAAACCAUUCAGUAAAUAGAAAGAAUAAUAUAUUAUGCUUUUAGCGCAAAAAGAUAAUUUGUUAAAAUAUAAUCAAAUUAUGGAGAAGAAGGAUAAGUAAUUAGAAUCAAUAGAGAAGGAAAUUAAGGAAUUGAAAAAAGAGAAAGAUCGUAUAGAUUAAUAAAUUAAUGCAAAUGAAAUGAUUUUAAUUGAAUAAAAAAAAUAAAAAGAUGAAUUAAAAAAUAAAGUACCAACUGAUGUUUUAAAAUAAAUUCCUGCAACAAUGACUUCAGAAAAUAUAUCAGAUGCAUUAUAAAAUGAAAAAAAGAUAUAAUAGGAGAGUCAAAGAAAAUUAUAAAGUGCUAAACCUCCUAUUUCUAAACAAUAAGAAUAUAAAGAAUUAAAAAUACCUGUUAAAUAAGAUGAUAAAUAAUAAUAAUUAACAUCAAAAAAUGAAGUAGAAGAGGAAAUAGUAUGUGAAGAUGAAAAUGAAUAAUAAAAAUAACCUAUAAAAUAAGAAGAAAAAAAAUAGAUACCAAUAUCAAAUUCAACACCAUUAAAAUAAGAGAUAUAAGUAAUAUAAUAAUAAUAAUAAUAAUAAUUUUAAUCUCCUAAUCAAUAAAAUAAAUUAAAUUCAAAACCUUUUAGUAAUCUUAGAAAAUCUAUUGAUUAAUAACCUACUGUUGAUCUAGGUCUCAGCAAUGUAAGCAAUUAAUAAAGUAAUACUAGCGAUGUUUAAACAGAAUAUACAGGUCCUUCUAGAAUGAUGAGAAUGAUGAGAAAACCCUAAUAAAGUUAAUAAGAAGAAACUACUUAAUUCAUAAUUCAUUCUUCUAAACCAGUUGAACAACCUAGAGAUCAUCAAAAAGUAAUUAUUGAAUAAAAUAAUAAACCUAUUGAACAGCCAAUUUAAAUUGAAUAACCAAAACCUGUUGAUGAUUAUUAACCUACUUUUCCAACUAGAAGAAUUACAAAUAGACCUAGAGGAUUAGAUUAUAAUUCAAUUGAUUAAUAAUAAUAAACAUAAUAAUAAACUUAAUAACCCUAAUAAUAAUAAACAUAAUAAACAACAUAAUAACCAAUAUUAAUUAAUUAAAAAUAAGAAUAAACAUAAUAAUUAGAGUAUCCUACUAGAAGAAGAAAUAGAGGUAGUUAAGAAGAAUAGUUAGAAUAAAAUAAUAAUUUAUAAUAAUCAUAAUAAUAAUCAAUUUCAUCACAAUAAUAAUCAUAAUAAUCAUAUCAACCUACUGAAGAUACUAAUAAAUAACGAAGAAUUAAAAUAUUUACUGAUGAAAAGCAACCUGAAGCUCCUAAAACUGAAGAACCUGCCUAUGAAUUUCAACCAAGACAAGAACCUACAAAACUAUAAGGAAGAAGAAAUAGGGGAAAUAAUAAAUUAAAUAUUUGGGAAGAUUAGCCUGUUUAGAAAGAGAAUAUUGAAGAGAUAUAGGAAAUUAAAGAUGUAAAAUAAAUUCCAGAAGUUCAACAUAAAGAAGAGAGAGAAUUAACUUUAGAUGAAAUUUUAGGAGGUCCAAAACAGUAGGAUGAAUAUAGACCAAAUCAAUAAAAAAGAAAAUUUGAAGUACCUAAAGAUGAUCAUGAAACCUAUGAACCUGGAUUUGGUGGAGGUGGAAAUAGAAGAGGAAUAGGAAAUCAAUAAAAAAUAGAUAAGGUAUAAAUAUUCAUAAAUAUUAAAAUAGUAAAAAGAAUUGGCUUAAAAGGCUGAGAAAGGGGAUUUAUUAGAUGAUUUUGACUUUUGA